AGGAGGAGAGCGCGCGCAGAGGAGACAACACUGUCUCACAGUACAGCAUGUCUGCUGGGGAUCCUUAGAGCUCGGGGUGAAUUAAAAGAAUAAUCAUUGAAAGGGGGAAACAAUGUGGAGACUCAGAGGUUCAUCCAUGAAGUCAGGAAGGAUCGUGUUUGCAGGAGAGCUUUCACCGGAGUGUGUAUGACGGUGCGCGCAGGUUAUGUGGACGUCGACGUGUGGCGCUUGGACUUUUCUCCGCCAGCAUUUCUACCCAUGAUAAUAAUAAUAAUAAUUAUUAUAAUAAUAAUACCGAUACUAAUCCUAAAACAUAUUUUAUUCUAGCUUCGGUAAUGAACGGGGACAAAAGCGGGACUCAAAAGAGGGACGGAAAGAGAGAAGAAGAAGCAACAAAUCGCUCCGUGUCGUUUCGCUCCGCGCGCGCGGACGUGAACCCGCUCCGGUUUUUGCCGUCUGCGCUUUCAGGAGGCGGCGGCGGCGGUGUUGGUGUCGGGGGUGCUGUCGGAUGCUGGAUGUUGUUGUGGUGGUAGUUGGACUGUCUGUCGUUUUCCCAUCUGUCUUGUGAGACAUGGCAGCGGCGAUCGCCAGCGGUUUGAUUCGCCAAAAGCGGCAAGCGCGAGAGCAGCACCUGCACAGACCGGCGACUCACCGCCGCAGGAAAAGCCCGAGUAAGAGCAAAGGGCUGUGCAACAGCAACCUGGUCGACAUCUUCUCCAAAGUGCGAAUCUUUGGCCUCAAGAAGAGGAGACUCCGGAGACAAGAUCCCCAGCUCAAGGGCAUUGUGACCAGGUUAUAUUGCAGGCAAGGCUAUUACUUGCAGAUGAGCCCAGAUGGAUGUUUGGAUGGGACCAAAGAUGACAGCACUAACUCCUCAAUGUUCAACCUCAUCCCAGUGGGUCUUCGAAUCGUUGCUAUCCAGUCUGUAAAGACAGGAUUAUACAUUGGUAUGAAUGCAGAGGGCCAUCUGUACACAUCGGAACUUUUUACACCAGAAUGCAAGUUCAAAGAGUCAGUUUUUGAGAACUACUACGUCAUUUAUUCAUCCAUGCUGUACAGACAGCAGGGGUCAGGUCGAGCCUGGUUCCUGGGCCUAAAUAAAGAAGGCCAGCCGAUGAAGGGGAACCGGGUGAAAAAGACAAAACCAGCUGCACACUUUCUACCCAAGCCCAUAGAAGUCGCCAUGUAUCGUGAGCCCUCCUUGCAUGACGUUGGCGAAGCAGUCCCAAAGGCUGGAGUUCCUCCCAGCAAAAGCACAGACCCAGUGGUCAUGAAUGGUGGCAAGCCUGUCAGCAAGCCUGAAAAGGAGACAUAGCCUUGUUCCCCUUCAUCUCCCCUUUGGGUCUCUCUACAUUCGCUAAUUAAAAAAAAAAAAAAAAAUCCACACAUUUGUAUCUUUGGAUUGUGAGAAGAAACAGCUAAGAAACAUGUCCCUCCUAUUGAGUUUAUUCAGUGAAACAAAUUAAGGGUGUGUUGUUUAAAAAAGUCUAAGAUUGUAGAGAAGAUAGCUGAGGAGGGGGUGGGGGGGGGAGGGCAUUGAGCACUCAGCAUUAAGAGACUGACAUUGCAAUGUCCUAUGCGAUAUCAAACAUCUUUUCAAAAGUCCAUUUUCUUUCAGUUCUACCUUUAUUCUUGUGACAAUCCUCUGUGAAAAUGCGAUUUUUUUCCCCCCGCCUUGUCUGGUAGCUUUGCCUGCUGAGAGCUACCCACAGUUUUUCAGUUUGAAACUUUCAUGUUAUUGUAGUUUUACAAAAUACUGUACCAUCGUGCACCAGCAUUUGUCUUGAUUGAUUGAUUGUUUGUUUGAUUGUUUGUUUGAUUGCUGUACAGAUACAAGUGAAACUGUUGAUGUCAUUUUUGUUGCCCCCAAUUAUUUUCAAAUUUUUUCUGGAACAUUUUUCCAUCUAGAAAUAAAAUGAAAUGGGGAUAAUAUGGGGACAAUAAACAAAAAGUUCUUAUAUCAUUAAAGAUUGCUGUGUUAAAGGUACAGUACAAUGGGGAAGAUGGUGUGGAGCUGCCAAAUUAUUUAAAGAACUGGUGCUUGGUUUUAUUUGUCCAUUUAGUUAUUAUUAUCGCUCAUGAGAAUGACAGACAGAAUGGCAGUAAACGGUUAAAUAAAAAGGUACAUCAUUGAUAAUCGUGCCUUUAGGCAUUCAGGGUGGACAUCGUUUCUCCGAGGGGAAGAGUAUACAUAUCACAAAUACCCUCAGUAUGCCUCUGCUCCCUUACCUGACUCCCAGAUAACAGCCUUAAAAAGGAAUUUUGUUAUCAUAGUCAACAUAUAGUAGUUAUUGGCCUCUAUGUUUUUUUUGUUUGUUUUUCCUAUUCUGAGCCCUAAAUCCCACGACCAAUGACAGCAACUGUUGAUUAACGAUUAUGUGAACAUCGAUGACUGAAUGUACUGUAUGUUGAUGCUGUCACACAGGUCAUGCCUGCAUUAAAAAUAAAAAUGCAUUGAUUUUCCCUUUGCUUUUUAUAAUAGUAGCAUUUGUGAAUUUUGAGCGAUUGAAACUUCAAAAAGUGCUAUGCUGUUGGUAUGUACUGUAGGUGGAACUUGAAUGCUGAAUUUAUUAUUAUUAUGCUAUUUUUAAUGUUAGCUUUAAAACUAUGCUAAAAAACACUACGUUUUCCGUUAGCUCAUCGAUUAAUUUAUCAUUCCACUCAUGAAAUGAGUGAUCACAUACCUUAAACGGAAAGUACCGUCUUUGAGUAUUUGUGUCGACUUAUUCAGCUUUUCCACAGAUUUUUUUUUGUUUAGGUUUCUCCUAUGGUCGUUUAAUACGAAAGGAUGUGGAAAUAUCACUGUGCAUCAGUAAAUGCUGUUAUAAGACUUAGACACUUAGAGGAUAUUGAAUAAUAUUCAUACUUAAUUCAAAUAAAUAAACAACAAAUAUAGUAUUAUAUAUGAUAUCCAAAUGUAUUGCAUCUUACUUAGAUACAUCUUUGUCUAGAAAACUUCAAAAUGCCUUUCCAUUGUUUUAUUUAUUUAUUUUGUUUAUGAUAAUUGUUUUAUAUAUAUAUUUGUGGAUGCUACCAUGCUGAUGUUUAAUGAUUUUCAAUGAGACUGCUAUUUCUAAUUUCUAAACACAAACAAUAAUAACCAACCAUAUGAAAAUGACUUUUUCCAUUAGUUUAUCAUCUGUUUUUUUAAUGCAACGUCUUAAGUUGUCCAAAUGAAAUAAAAUCGAAUAAUAAUAAGAAGAAAAAUAAAAGUUUCUUAAUGUCACCAAGAAAAAAAUGGCUGAAAAUUGCACUAUUCCAGUCUAUCCUUUGCUUUUUCAUUCGAAUGUCCUUUACCCGUACGCUUCUAAAGUGUGCUUUUUUUUCUGGGUUCCCAAACUGUAUAUUUCACCAUGCUGACCAGUUCUAACUGGUUCCAUAGAAGACUAGAUUUAUUUUUGUAAAAUUAUAAAGUGUAUCUUGUUUCUCAUUGAUAUAUCUCCCUGUGAUGUACCUUUUCCCCAUUUCAUGCACAUUCUCCCAUUUGUACUUGUACGUUCCCAUGUUGUGGGGAUGUUUAUUUUAAGUUGACUGUUAGUCUUAAGAAUGACCUUUCUUUGUUUGUCUUUAUUAUGUGUAUUGAUAAUAUUGACGGCAGGACGAUAUCUGUGUUUUUUUUUUUUUUUAUUCCCCUACCUGAUUCAUGUCCUUUUCUGAAGUUUUCUUCCUUGACUCACCAUAUGUUUUACCUGUUGCAUGGUAAUAAAGGGAGAAGACUGAAGACCUGCAUGUUGUAGGCUAUGUGUAUCAAGACAGUGAUUAUAAUGUUGUUUAUAUGUACCACUUUACAUACAGUACAUAUAUGCAAAAAGAGUCUGCAGUGUACAGUUUGUCAAUCCAUUGUAU